AUGGUCCUCGCAGGAACCCCCCCCUGGCACCUCCUUGCCCGGGAAAGACACGCUCUACACUGGACGAAGCUGAAAAGAGACGCCCCCCGUGGCUCCGACGCCGAGGAAGAGGAGUUCAUGAAAGACGAAGAAAUCCAGGAGGAGACUUUGCUGAGGUGGCAAGAGGAGUGGGAGUCCGCGGCCUUCGGCCGAUGGACUUUCCAGUGCAUUCCCUCCAUAAGACCAUGGAUAGACAGAAAGUUUGGUGAGCUCACAUACUUUACCGCCCAGGCACUGACAGGUCAUGGGGACUUUCGGAAAUUCCUGUUCUCAAUAAAGAAGGUGGACUCGGAGAUAUGCUGUCACUGCGACCGCAACUUGGUCGACACAGUGCAGCAUACAAUCCUUGAGUGCCCGAAAUUCGACAAGGAGCGGCAGGGUUUGCCCCCCGGCUCCAUUCCGGAACUGGUCUCUGAGAUGCUUAAAUCCGAAGACCGAUGGAACCUCAUUUCGCGGAAAUUUGCUUGCAUACUUGAGAAGAAAAGACACCUGAAUGAGAUGCCUCGGCCCCCCAGCCAGGCAGCUCAACAGGCAGCCCCGACGACGAUGCAGGCCAGCGCUACGACCUAA